AUGAAGUUCUUCGAUAAGAAGAGAGAUUUGGAGACAUUUCAAGAUGGCGAUCAAAUUGCAGGAGUGGAUGACACGGAACAAGGUUACUUAGAAGAAGCCUUUGAUCAGGACUAUGAACCUGAAGAUGAAGAUGAACGUGACUUCAACCUACGUGGACAAUUGGAUGAUAUCGAUGACUCCAAAAGAGAAGAGCUCUUGGCAGAUGCAGACAAUGAUGUCGAUGAUAUGCCAGAACUCACUGUCAGAUUCCGUGGAGAUGACGACUAUGAAUCAGACGACGAUUCGGGUGAUGAAGGCGAUGAAGAGGAAGAACCUAUUGUGGCCGAUUUGGAUCACCAUCAAGAAAAUGUCGAUAGAGGAACCGAUGAUACGGGGAGCCUCGUUACUGAUCUGGAGGCCCUACAAGAGCCGCCAGAAGAAGAGAUUGUAUUUGAGCCUGAAGAAAGGCCUCAAGUAGCAAAAGUCACUCGAUCUGGGCAAACGUAUGCGCAAGCUGCAAUGUCUGGGCUAAACCUUUCUCAAGUUCCAAAGAAACCAAGAGAAUGGCCUUCAACCAGGAGUGGCAGUUCUGCCAAUAAGAACAAGAAUUGA